UACCUUUCAUUUCAUUUCAACUUCUAAUAAAGCGAAUAAUGUAACAUAAUCUGGUUAUAAGACGGUCCAAAAUAUGAUGAUGAUGAUCCGCUAUUAACGUGAGGAUAUUUUGUGUGAUUAGUUAAACAUUGGAUUAUGAACUUUAAAGGAAACUUUAUGAAUAAAUAAAUAAAUAGAAAUAUUUUUAAAUAAAAUAAAAAAGGGUCAACAAAAAAAAAAAAGAGAUACACCUCACAUUUCUCAACCCGGACGGCUCGGCAACCGCCCACGUUUACUUCCCCCUUCUACACACACUUAUCGAUGCACCUCUACUUCCCCCACACACAUGCUCUUCCCCAUCUAUGCGUACACACAUACACGUAUGUAUAUAUAUAUAUAUAUAUUUUUGGUAUGAUACACGUAUGUAUAUACACACACGCACAUGUAUAUAUGUCAUACACACGCACAUACACAAACACAAAUACCCACAUACCCAAAGUUCCAAUCUUUCCACAUUUGUCCUCUUUCUUCACGUUUUCCUCUGAUGCCCACAUGAAUAAAAUGUUACCAUACAUAACAUACGACGAUUACCAGUUUCCGUCGCCGGAGAUCGAGAAGCCGGCGAAGUGGAAGCUCACUUACGGGCACGAGCCUGCUCCCACAUGUCCUCGUUGUGCUUCGGCCAAUACCAAGUUUUGUUACUACAACAACUACAGCUUGUCUCAGCCCAGGUACUUCUGCAAAGGUUGUCGCCGGUAUUGGACUAAAGGGGGCUCUCUCCGGAACAUUCCUGUCGGUGGCGGCUGCCGGAAAAGCCGCCGGAGACAGAACAGCGGCAAGAGGUUUGAUCGAAAUGAGAAUAUAGCGAGUGAGAGGAAUGGUCUGAACCCAGAUGAGGAAUUCAGGGCUUGUCCUGGUUCGAAUGGGUCUGAGAUCGAUCUGGCCGCGGUUUUUGCCAAGUACGUGAAUGAUCAGAGUCCUUCGAGCACUGAUAAUACCACACGGUCCGACGAAGGAUCACCUGCAACGACAUCCGACCCAUUAGAACCAGUGAAUUGGGAAAUCGGACAAGAAACUGAUGCCAGUUUCGAGUUCUACGGGGGAUUCGAUCUUACCCAGAAGAUCGAAGAUCAGGGUCUCGAUCAGUUUCUUGCAGAUGAUCGGAGAGAGAUGUUCGAGUUCCAGAGUUUGCUCGACGACAAAGAGAUCCAAGAGAUUCUCGAGUGUUCGUUCUCCGAGCCGUCGAACCAGUUGAACUCUCCUGCAAGUCUCAUGAUCAACAAUAACUGGAGUUCAUCAGAUCUCUCCGGGUUUGGGAUAUGAGUGAUAGAUCUUGAUGAUCUCAUAUUUUUCUAUGAAUAUUAUAUACCUUAAGACGUACUGUAACUACAGUUCAUUCUUAUUUUGUUCAUGAAGUAAUCACACAUGAACCCCGCCACGAAAGAGGAGUCGUGGAGUACAUUGUAUACUAAUUUUGAAUAAACAGAUAUAAAUCACAGUUAUUUCAAGUUAAAGCUUCGUAUACAAGUGAACAAAAGAAAUUAAGCUGUAUAGUUUGAGAAUUAACAUAUCGCGUAACUGAAACGAGUUUCACGGAUUCAAGA